UACACAAUUUCAAGCAUGAUAAUUGUUGAGUCUACCGAACGCGAUCAUUGUAAAGGAAAAGAUGGCUUGAGUAUCUGGUUUCUGUGUUCUUUUGAAUCAGUUGUAAUUUUGAAUGCAGAGAAUAUGUCGAGAAUAGUUGAGUCUUUGAAAAAAUUAAAUGUCGAAAACGACGCGGAAUUGUGCCGACAAGACAAUGAUAGGGUCAACAAGAAGGUCGAUUUGACGCUGUCACUGGAAGAAAAAGUGUCACUCGAUCAGAAUGACUACAUAUUAUCCGUCUGUGGAACCCAAAGUGAGCCAGAAUUUAGGAUUGGAGCAGCAUUGUCAGAUCACUCUUGCAUAAUAUAUUCUGUCGGCGAAUCCUUGAAUCGAAUGAUUACACUAGAUCAUAAUCAAUCAUCUAUUGUAGGAAUUAAGUUCAGUCCUACUUCUAAAAAUGUAUUAUAUAUCGCAACCAAUGAUGGAUUAAUUACAGCAUGUGAUUUGCGUGCUAAGGGAAAGGCUGUGGCAGAAUUUAAAGAUAAUACAGAAAAUGGCAAAAUAAAGCCUUUGGCUAGCUUUGAUCUUAGCUAUGAUGAAAGGCUCAUAGUUGGUGGGACAGAGCACACGAGUGGAGAUGCAUUUAUUCUGUUUUGGGACAUAAGGCAAAGUAAUUCAAAACUAGAAAAUAAAAACAAUCUCCUUGGUGGAUAUUGGGAAUCGCAUAUGGAUGAUAUAACUUGUCUGACCUUUCAUCCUUCCAAGCGGAAUGUUUUGGCAUCUGGUAGUACAGAUGGUUUGAUGAAUAUAUUUGACCUGACACAAUCCUCAGAAGAUUUGGCCUUAACUUGUUCUUUAAAUACCGAAUCAUCAGUGGACAGAUUGGGUUGGUUAACUAAUGAUUCUCUAUGGUGUACGACACAUACACAAACGUUACAGUUAUGGGAAUGUGAAGGUGCUAGUGCAUAUGCAACAUUUGCGCGUAAUGAUUUAGCUGUAUCACAAAAUGAUGAUCCUGAUAAUUGUUACUUGGUAAGAUUCCAUACCACUAAUGCUUUUGGACAACCAUUCGUGUUAGCGGGUUCCAGCACAGUUAAAGGAGAAAAUCUAAGAUGCUUGAAUAUUAAGAACAAUCGUUUGGAAACAUAUUACGAAAUUGUAGGGAAUAAACAAACAGUACGGGACAGCUGGAUGCAUGAGAAGAGUGGAAGCUUGGUGACAGUUGGUGAGAAAGGCAUUGUCAAUAUUUGGCGACAAACGGAAUCGUCGAUACAGCAAAAUUCAAGUCAUAAGUUGUUAACUAAAAUUGGAACUGACCGUGAUCGGCAUCACAGAACUAAACCCUAUUAAAAUAAACAUUUAGGAAAAAAUAUUAAUGCGGAAAAGUAAUUGUAUCAUAGUGGAAUUGGAACAAUGAACAAAGUGUCAUAAUUGUAUAUUUCCCUCACAUUCUUCUUUAUUACAAUAACAGUUGUAUGUACAUUUAUAAUAAAUAGGUAUUAUUUGUUUAUGCGAUUAUUCAACGGCGAGUCAUAUAUCGAUUAAAAAAAUGUAGCCACGGGUUUCGUGGUAUAAAUGCUAAGGAAUGUAAAUCACAUGUAAUUGUGGAUACAUUGAAUUAAUGGACAUGGAAGAAAAGAAUAAGACAAACCGUAGGAGUCGCACGCGACUUGUAAGGAAACGAUUUCCUUUUACCACAGCAAGAUUAGAAUUAAUAAAACAGACGACAUUGGCAAUCGUCAUAGAGAAAGUUUGUAUCAAGCAAUUAGUACUCGUGAUAGAGGAUAGUCAACCAAAUAAUGAUAACAAUUGAUAGUCGUUUACAGUCUCUGCGUUUGAAAAUCAUCAAAAUUCAAGGAGACUCCUAUCGCCAAUCUAUGAGCGUAUCAAUAACCAAACACACGCCCGCUUAUUACACAUUAUGUAAUAUUACAAUUAACGAUUCAAAAGACGAUCGCAGUAGCGAGUAUCACAAUGAUAACAGUAGAUAUAGUUUUAGAGCGAAACGGUAGUAUAGGUACAGAGUAAACGUACAAAAAUACUUCCCAUGAGCAUCGGGGACGUAAAGAUUCACUAAAACGUGGAAAACCGCGUUACUAUAACUUCAUAUAUAUAUAAUAUUUCUUUAUAUAUCAUCUUUAUAGAUAUAUAUCCUUUCUCAAACAUUGCGACGCCACGUGACGUUAUAUUAGAAAAAAAAAAAAAGAUACAAAACGCCACGAAACGCGCGUAGGCCGUCGCGCUAUUCCUCAGCUAUCGCCGAUUUGAUUCUUCGCGUGUUAUUGGGAUAUCCGCGAGAUUGUGUGCGACUUCAUUUAUUUAUUACAGAUAUAUCAGUCGAUGGAGACAGAAAAUUGCGGCACUUCAUUGAUCGUACACUACGACAUCAACUUGCUGAUUGUUCCAUUGCAUCAUGUCUUUUAGAAUACAAGCAACCUACAAGCGUACAGAAAGAUUGUUUUCUCCAAAAAGGAUUAAUCCUUUUUAGUUUUCUCGAGUCGAUAUAAAAUUUCAAUUUUUUUACAACUUUUUUUAUCCGGCUAGUCACGCUGUAGAUAGUACAUCAUCUAUAUGCGUAUAUAUAUAUAUAUGCGCUGAAGUCGAACACUCAUCCGCGGAGGACGCUAUAACAGCUACAAUCACCUCGCGUAAAAUAUCACCUCGCGAGCUUGUCACACGCUCGGUAUUGCAGUAGAUAGUAAACAAUAGUAGUAGAUUUGUAAUACAGUCGCUUAUGUUAUUUUUUUACUUUUUUCCCUUUUUCCCUCACAUAACUCAACAUAUGUAUCUUACGGAAUACUUUUUUAAGAUCUAUUGUCACCGUGAUUGAUUGAGACGAACUUGUAUAGUAUUAUUAGAUUAUUACUUAAGUUUCCUUAACGAGGCUAAUUCAUUAGACUCUUCUUUGUCCACUGUGCCUCAACAGCCCUUUGUCUUGCAAUCCGAUCAUAUUGCACGUCAGUCUUUAUAUGCUAAAGAAUGUACAUUAUGACUAACCAUUUAUCGAGUUUAGAAAUUCAUAAUUUAGAAUCAUAUUAACAAUUACAUUUCAAUACAAUAUAUUACAUAUAACACGUUUGUCGCACAACUGUCCUUUCCAUUUUCGAAUCUGAAUCCGAAAGAAUGUUCGACGCAUUGUCGUAACGACUUUUUUCUAAGAUAUGCUAAAUAUUAUAUAUACUAGCUUUCUGUGCUAUUACAGAAUGAAUCGGUAACCCAACGUGCAGUAUGAUCGUACUAGGAUUUAAAAAAAUCCUCAUUUUCCAUUCAAUACUCAAGAACUUUUUCUUUCGUUGAUCAUAAGUGUGACGUACAAAUAAAAUAUAUUAGAUACAAUGCAUGAGAUGCAAAAUCGUGAAAACCGACGCGAAUUCUUGCAACGAGCGGGAUGAAAGUUCGUUACGAUUCUCGUGUAACGGACCCUCUCGCUUUCGCGUACUGUUUCAUGUGGGUUCGCACGAGCUUUCAUCAUUUCGAUCUUACAUAAUGCAAUAAAUAAGAUAGAUUGUAGACAAUAAUAUGAGAAGAAAAAACAAUAAUGGCAGUGAAUAAUCCCGAAACGAAAUGUCAAAUAUGAAAUCCUUCCAUUACAAUUCAUUCGUGGGAAAGAAUCGCGGGUGUAUCGCAUACGACUUAUAUUCGUGAAGAACAGAAUGUGUAAAGCAAAUGUUUUGGGAACUGAAAUGUCAUCGAUUUUGACCAGUGGCUUGGCACAUAUACUGAUAAAAUGACGAUAAUUCAUAAUUGUUAA